AUGCAUGAACUUCUUAAACAAAAUGUCUCUAAAUUCCGUAAACUGUUUUUGUAUUUACAAAUAGUUCACUUUUGCAGGAAAAAUAAAUUUUUAUACAAAUUAGUCCAUUCACAACAUAGACGUGGGUUAUUUUCUAUUGUGUCUGAUGCACCACGGGUUCAAACACCCGAGUGCACUGAGGAAUCAGAGAAGUGGAGUGUGUGGACAACUGCUCAGGAUCGUAAUGUCAUCAGAUAUUCCCUCGGUGCCAAGGAGGUUGUAUACACUCAUGCAACCUGUGGAGGUUUCCUGUACAAUGUGCAGUCAUGUCCUUAUGAUGUGAGAAAAGUGGCAGUGAGCUCCGGAGACGGCGCUGUCAGAGUGAUAGAGCUGGAUGUGGCAGAGGAAGAAACGAAGCUGUCAAUGGGCGGCGUCGCCACGUACUGGCAGAAUGUUCAGGGAAAAGUGCUAACAGUGGCCUGGCAUCCUACUAAGGAGAAUCUAUUGGCCUUUGGAACUGCUGAAGCUAGGGUGGGUUUAAUCGAUGCGAAUGGUAGGACGGACCGUCCCGCGCGCGCGCUGCAGCCGGCGCUGAGCGGCGGCGUGUACUCGCUGUGCUGGGCCGAGCGCGACCAGCUGCUGGCCGCUGCCAACGGGGAGCUGGUCCUAUAUAACACUAGUAAACCUGAUCAACCUGCGUGCGCGCGCGCGGCGCGCUGCUGGCGGUGGGCAGCUGAGGGCGCGGUGGCCGUCACUACAGCCGCCCCGCACUGCACCGCACUGGCUGUUAACUACCUAUACACUAAAUCGAUAUACAACGUGGAGUGGCAUCCGGAACAUACAACUGAAGGGAAUGAGGAAUCUCCAUACAAAAAUCUCAUCGCUGUCUCGUCUCUCGACAAACUGCACAGUAUCUCUAUCCUUGAAUAUGGAGAUAAAGAAGACGGUAGUAAGCAGUUGCAGGUGUGGCGAGUGCUGACUGGCCACAAGAACUCCGUGCUGCAGCUGGCUUGGAGCCCGCACCGAGACCAGCUGCUGGCUUCCACCUCGCAGGACUGCACCAUACGGGUGUGGGAUGUGUGUGCGGGCGCGUGCGUGUGCGUGAGCCGGGCGCACGCGCAGUACGCGGUGUGCGCGGCGUGGAGCGCGCGCCCGCAGCCGCCCGCGCGCCUGCUCUCCGGCGGCGCGGACUGCGCGCUGCGACUCUGGACGUACACGGACUACCCUCCUGAUAAAUACCAAGAAGAAGAAGUUGGUGUUACGAAAAAAGAUAAAAAGAAACACAAGCAAGAAACAAAGAAAGCGGAGGAUAUAAAAAAUGAAAUAAACGAUAGUCUCGCUGUGGCUCAGGAAGAUAAAGUAAAGACAUCAAAGAAAUUCCUUUUACCAAUUAUGCAAAAACAAAUGGGCAAGUCUCUUUUAGCGGGCGCUAAGAAAAUGUUAGAAAAUUAUAUAAAAAAGAAUUCAGAGGUUGAAAAUAAAAUUGAAAUUAAUAUUGACACAUUGAAUAAAGAAAAAUCUGAAUAUUUAGAAAGUAAGGUUAAUUCGCCAGAGAAUGCUGAGUUAGACAAAGAAAGAUAUAAUAAUAAAGAAUUUGAUAUAGAUUUUAUUAAAAUAUUCGGCAGCACAAAUGAUGUUAAUGAAGUAUUGGAUUUGGAAUCGGAGUACCAUCUGUCGUGUGGCAACGUGGAGUCGUGCGUGCUGCUGUGCGUGGUGCGCGGCCGCGUGCAGUGCGCCGUGCAGCUCGCCGCGCGCCGCGACCUGCUCUGCCCCUACCUGCUCAGCCUCACGCCCUGCGUCUCACACAAGUAUUGGAAGGAAGUGAUGCAGUUGUAUGUAGCGCAGAUAGAUAGACUCAUGGCAAAAGGAGAGGAAGACAAACAAAACUUGUCGCGCAAGUACGGCGGCGCGGUAUUCCGCAAGAUAAAAAAUAAUAAUAUUAAUAUUUUGGUUAAUUUCAGUCAUCUAGCUAUGGGUGACCUCGCCCAAGCGGCGAACUGCAUGGGCAAAUCCAACGAGCCGGAGUUUCUGUGUUUAGCUGCGGAGAUGGCCAAACUGGCUGGACAAACUACAUUCGCUGACCAAAUUGAAGAACGCAAGUCUAAUAUCAAGCCCAAAGAGAAACCCGACUCUGAAGAAGAUUCCUUAGCGGAGUUACCAACAAGAAUGGAACUCCUGUUGACUAACAAAAAAGAAGGAACUAAUGAAAUUAAAGACAUUGAAGAAAAUGAUUUACCUUCUAGAAUGGAACAACUUUUAAGAAGUAAUAAAGAAUUAGAUAGCACAGAAGUAAAAACGGAAUCUCUAACUGAGGGAGAUAUGGAGAAGUUGCCGUCUAAGAUGGAACUCCUUUUAAAAGAAUAUGCAACCGGUUCCAAAGACAGCGAAAGUCAAUCUGAUGUUAACUAAAGGUGGACGAUUUUGAUUUAGUUAAUAUGUAAAUGUUUUUUAAUAACAAAAUUCGUUAUUACUAACGAACUAACAACAUCUCGUUUGUAAUCAUUUAUAAUUUUACUCAUCUGGUAUAUUAAAAAUAAUCCCAGUGUUUUUUGCGUAGUUGAGGUUUAUACAUUAAUUCUAUGUGUAUGCUUUAGUACUAAGCGGAAUAAUUAAAAUGCUGUGCAUUCAAUUAUAGCAAAGCAUACUAAAUAUAUCUAAUCGUGUUCCUGUGUUACGAAGAUGGUUACUUUUAUAUAUGUCGGAAAUCAUUUUAAUAGGAUCUGUGUUAUUUUAUAUUUAAGUUUACCUAUUGGAAUAAACUCCAGUACUUUUCAAUGUUAGAAUUAACUUAGGUUAAUUAACUUAAGGUUAAUUAACUUAACUUAAUGUUAGAAUUACUUAUUAUUAAUGAUUUCACUGUUGUACACUAUACGUUUACUAUUUUUAAAAAAUAAGUGCGAAAUUAUAGUUC